GACAUUUACCAAUUCAUUACAAGCAAAAACUAUCUUUAAAAGCAGAAUUUAAGAUAAGCUGAAUUAUCUAGAGAGUCUUUCUUAUCUUGAUAUUUCUUCUGUUGGAAUCAUCUAUAUAUCCGAAUCAGAUCGAGUCUUUAAUUGAUUUUAGAUUGUUAUCUGCUUGAAUUAAGGGAAAAAAAGAAAAAGAAAGAGGAGAAGAAGAGAAGGUGAGAAGUAAGGAUCUGGUGUUGGUGUGUGAACAUAAAGAAAGAGAGAGAGGUGUGUUUAACGUACAUUGUAAUCCAUAAAAGAGAAAAGCCUUGCAAAUCACGCAACAGUGACCAACCCCCUUUUUUUGUUUGUCUAUCCAACACACACGCCUCUUAUUACACUCUGUUAAAUUGAUAAACACAAUACCAAGUGCAAGAGAAUCCAAAAGAAGAGGAAGAUGAAGGUUCUGGAGAAGUGGUUGGCCUUGCUGUACCCGAGAGUGCAGGGAGGAGAAGGAAGAGAGGAAGAGUGUUGUAGUGUUUGUUUGAUGAGAAUGGAGGCAAAAGAUGUCAUCAAGUCUCUACCUUGUUCCCAUGAGUUUCAUAGUCUCUGCGUCGAUACGUGGUUCAAUGUCAGCCGUAAGAUUUGCUGUCCUCUUUGCCGUUUUUCACCCACUACCAUCCUUCUUACCGAUGAACUUCUCCUCUGGUUUUCUUCUUUUCAUUUCUGAUUCCCAUUGUCUCUGUAUUCCUGCUUUUCUGGGGAUCAAACAUCUUUCUCCUUGUAUAAUACUAUAAAAUCUCUUGUAGUACUAGUUUUCCAUUCAAGGAGGAAUGUCUAAGGAGUUUGAUUCCUCUCUGGAAAAAAAAAAGAUAAUAAGAGAGAAAGACUGUAAUUAAGUUGUUGAUGCACCAAUGGCCUCCUCUCACAACAGCCAAAAAAAACAAAUACCUUCCGAGGGGGACAGAGAAACAACUUGCGUAAAGAUAUGAACGGGUUUUACAAAAUGGUAAAGAAAUACUUAAGCUUUGAGAUUAAGAGUUUCGAGCCAAUUCACUACCAAAAUGUGGAGCUUGACGAACAAGUAUGUAGGUAAAAGAUUAUUGAUCUGCAUCCUUUUUGCCUUUUACCCACAUAUUUGUUCUUCAAACUCCAAAACUUGUUAGUGAAUUGGCGCAAAUCUUUAACUCAGUGCUAAAAGAUUUCUAACAAUCUAGUGAAAUAUAUGUUCAUAUAGCGACUCGUCUUGCUCACUCCUUUUUACGUUUAUGUACCAUCUGGUCGGAGCCCGCUCACGUCUCCACUUCGUCGUCGCUUGAAGAGUUCGCCGAAGUUAUCUUCCAACGAUUGGGGUAGCUCUUUUUGGAGUUUUCAAGAAGACAGAGGAUGGUGUAUGGACAAUGUAAUCAACUCCACCAUUUAUAAGUAAUCAAAUGGCAACAAAAUAAUUAAGGAUGG